AUGAGAUUAGCACUAAAUUUUCGACCGGAAGAUGAAUUUUGCCAUCCUACUUAUGGUGAUAGAUCAGAUUCAACGCGUACUUUAUUAUUACAUGUAAAGCAUAAAAAAUCGGAUGGAACAGUCAGGCUAAACAUUUUAGGCAAUAUUAAAACAAUUUAUAGCUUUCAAGGCUGUGCAGACUAUCAGUUUUUACCUUCAAAAUCGACUAAUUUAUUUGGAAAUAGAGGACAAACAAACAUUACUAAUGAUCUAUCAUGGAAUGGUAUCAAGACCAGCCAGUUCUUAAACGAAAAAAUUCCUUUGUUUCUUCCUCCUGCAACGUUUGCACGGUUGGACAAAGCAAUGGUAUAUAAUUUUAAUGAGGAGAGUACUACAAAACAGGGUGAUGAGGAUGAGACUGAAGAAGCUCAAAAUGAAAAUACAGUCACUAACUGUCUUAUUCUAUCUGGAAGUGUCCUACCGGCAGUGGCGUACCAUUUUAAAUCUGGUCCAUGGCGGUCGCUAUGGGUGAAAUUUGGUUAUGAUCCCCGACGAGAUCCAUCAAGUAAAGUGUAUCAAGUUUUCGAUUUUCGAAUGAAGUCACUGGACGAUCAUAGUGAUCUUGCUGGAGCAUCGAAAUACCAUAUUAACGCCCCUUGGAAUCAGUUAAAAGAGGAUGUCAUUACUCCUUAUGUAUAUCAGUCUGGUGUUAUCCCACCACAACGGCACACUCUAUAUCAACUGAUAGAUAUACAUCAUGAAGAUAUCCAGAAAUUUAUUUCGGCUAAUGAUGGAAAUGAAACACAUUGCUCUUUGGAAGAUGGCUGGUGUGCACCUGGCACAAUUGCUAAAAUUAGAGAUAAAUUGAGCGCAGAAGUGUCACUGACACUAAAAGAGCUUGAAGAAAGCGCUAGUCUACUUGAAUCUGAUAAAUCUAAAAGUAACACUACGGAAUUAUCAACUCCGGUAGCGAGGAAAGUAUGGAUAUUGACUGAGUACAACCUGAAGACACAAGAAGAUCCGAUAGCCGAAUGA